AGAUCAUAGUUUCAGGAUCCUCAGGAAACCCUGGUACUGGCAGCAGCCAGCCUCUGCUGUGCCCACAUGACCCACAACUCUGGCAGCGGACCCGGCACUUCCAACAUUAUUAAAUAAUAAGAAAGCGGCUCCUACUCCACGCCCGAACCUCCCUACAGACUGAUGGACACCUUCUAAGAGUUUGGCGAGUCAGUGACUGAGGCGCCCGUCCAUUCCAAGAUAAGUAGGAUUUACCAUUUCCUGGAUGAAGUAUUUGGGAAGUCUUUAAAUGCCACAGUCAACUGCCAUUUCGAAGAAAAAAUAAAUGGUUUUGGAAAGUUCAUGCAGUUUCUUCACUGAAUUUUAGAAUGAUUGAAGAUAGUGGGAAAAGAGGAAAUACUAUGGCAGAAAGAAGACAGCUGUUUGCAGAGAUGAGGGCUCAAGAUCUGGAUCGUAUCCGACUCUCCACCUACAGAACAGCAUGCAAGCUUCGGUUUGUUCAGAAGAAAUGCAAUCUGCACCUGGUGGACAUUUGGAAUGUCAUUGAGGCAUUGCGGGAAAAUGCUCUCAACAACCUGGACCCAAACAUAGAACUUAGUGUGGCCCGCUUGGAGGCUGUGCUGUCCACCAUUUUCUACCAGCUCAACAAACGGAUGCCGACCACUCACCAAAUCCAUGUGGAGCAGUCCAUCAGCCUGCUGCUCAACUUCCUGUUGGCAGCCUUUGAUCCGGAAGGCCAUGGCAAAAUUUCAGUAUUUGCGGUCAAAAUGGCUUUAGCCACACUGUGUGGAGGGAAGAUCAUGGACAAAUUAAGAUAUAUUUUCUCAAUGAUUUCUGACUCCAGUGGGGUGAUGGUUUAUGGACGAUACGAUCAAUUCCUGCGGGAAGUUCUCAAGCUACCCACAGCAGUUUUUGAAGGUCCCUCAUUCGGUUACACAGAACAGUCCGCUAGAUCCUGUUUCUCUCAACAGAAAAAAGUCACGUUAAACAGUUUCUUGGACACACUCAUGUCAGACCCUCCCCCUCAGUGUCUGGUCUGGCUGCCCCUUCUGCACCGGCUGGCAAAUGUAGAAAAUGUCUUCCAUCCGGUGGAAUGUUCCUACUGCCACAGUGAGAGUAUGAUGGGGUUUCGCUACCGAUGCCAACAGUGUCACAAUUACCAGCUCUGUCAGGACUGCUUCUGGAGAGGACAUGCUGGCGGUUCCCAUAGCAACCAGCACCAAAUGAAAGAGUACACGUCAUGGAAAUCACCCGCUAAGAAGCUAACAAAUGCUUUAAGCAAGUCCCUGAGCUGCGCUUCCAGCCGUGAGCCUUUGCACCCUAUGUUCCCGGACCAGCCUGAGAAGCCACUCAACUUGGCCCACAUCGUGCCACCCAGACCUGUAACCAGCAUGAAUGACACCCUGUUCUCCCACUCUGUUCCCUCCUCAGGAAGUCCUUUUAUUACCAGGAGUAUGCUGGAGAGUUCAAACCGGCUUGACGAAGAACACAGGCUGAUUGCCAGGUACGCGGCGAGACUGGCAGCAGAGUCCACUUCGUCUCAGCCAGCUCAGCAGAGAAGUGCUCCUGACAUUUCCUUCACCAUCGAUGCAAAUAAGCAGCAAAGACAGCUCAUCGCAGAACUAGAAAACAAGAACAGAGAAAUCUUACAGGAGAUCCAGAGGCUGCGGCUAGAGCAUGAGCAAGCGUCUCAGCCUACCCCAGAGAAGGCACAGCAAAACCCCACUCUGCUGGCGGAGCUGCGGCUCCUCAGACAGCGCAAGGAUGAGCUGGAACAGAGAAUGUCUGCUCUCCAGGAGAGCCGGAGAGAGCUAAUGGUCCAGUUAGAAGGUCUCAUGAAGCUGCUAAAGACCCAGGGGGCAGGCUCUCCUCGCUCCUCCCCCAGCCACACCAUCAGCAGGCCCAUCCCCAUGCCCGUGCGGUCCGCCUCUGCCUGCUCCACCCCGACUCACACGCCUCAGGACUCGCUCACAGGGGUCGGGGGAGAUGUACAGGAGGCGUUUGCACAGAGUUCAAGAAGAAAUUUAAGGAAUGACUUAUUAGUGGCAGCGGAUUCCAUCACUAACACCAUGUCCUCACUCGUGAAAGAGCUGAAUUCCGAGGUGGGGAGUGAAACGGAGAGCAAUGUGGAUUCUGAAUUUGGACGGACUCAGUUUGAGGAUCUGGUUCCAUCACCAACCUCGGAAAAGGCUUUUCUCGCGCAAAUCCAUGCGCGGAAACCGGGGUACAUUCACGGCGGAGCUACCCCAAGCACCAUGCGCACUGACGUGGUCACGGAAGAUGGGGAUCCCUACGUGCAGCCCGAGGAUGAGAACUACGAGAACGACUCAGUGCGGCAGCUGGAGAACGAGCUCAAGAUGGAGGAAUACCUGAAGCAGAAGCUGCAGGAUGAAGCCUAUCAGGUCAGCUUGCAAGGUUGAAUACAAUAUCCUUUUAUCACUCUCCUCUCAAGCAAACUAUAGUCAGACAGAUGAUGAAAAUAACAUGAGAGCUGAUGAUGAAGGGAAGCGCUGCACCCACCCACACAGAGGAGAAGACAGCAGCCUGGCAGCCACCUCACCGGAGAGAGGAGCCACCACACGCAGCAGCUCCUGACAGACCCCCUCCCCAAAAGACGUUUUCCACUGACUGUAGCGCAGCUAACAUUUUGUUCUAAGAUUUGUAGUUCAUAGUUGUAUGUGUUUUAAAAAAGGAAAAAAAAGACUUCGGUUCACAGCUAACUUAUCAACUCCAUCUUCUGUAACAUGGCUCAUCCCUGGUUUAAAACAAACAAAAAACCCACAGGCUGAAAACCCAUGCUGCUGUUACUCGCGAUGGCAGUGUUAAUAAGCAUUUUAAACCUUUGCACAUGAUAUUGAACCUGUUCAGUUUACAAUGACAAUAUUAAUACUGUUUAUAGUUAGAAGUUUGAUUUCUGAAUUCUUUGAGAUUUUAGCAAAACAGUUUAUUAUACAAUGUACAUUUUUUUUCCACAGCAAUUGGGAAAAAACAACCACUUGCAAUUAUUCUUGACCCUGACGGAUUUGGCUUCUGGGUGUACAGACUCAGAGCCCGGAAGCCAAGAAGGGUCCUUGGCCUACAUUGUCUGCCGUUGUCUCCAAGUCUCUGUGAGCAGUGACUUGAACCAAACACACCAGGAAAAUGCAGUCUUUGGGGCUUCUUUCCAACUUGAGGUUGUUUUCUUUCAAGAUACUCUAGCAGAUCAGCCAUAGAAUUUAGUGUAAAUAUUUUUUCCAAGUAGAUGUCAUAUUCAAAAACAGACAACAUUCAAAUUCUACAGAAUCUAGUUUUUAAAAUCAGCACAGAUCUUCUUAAAAACUGUGAAGUAUGUUUUGAAAUAAUCGUUACUAAGCUGUUUAUAAACCACAGGUGCCAUAAGAUCCCCACAUGGACUAAAGUGAUCUCUGCUCUUCCACGGUCCUGUUCCUCUUGUUUUAGCUUUAGGGAGCAUGUCUCUAACAGCACCACUCAUCCACAAGUCCCCCUAUCAGGUUGUUUGGAGGCCUUCAGCUUUAAUUGUACAGGCUUAAAAAGUGCGCUUGCAAAAAUGUUCACUCUCCUUUUAUUUCUGAAUGUUUAUUGCCUUAGCUGGCUACCUGGUAUUCUGCAUGCAGCCUUCUGUGGUCACGUGAAAGGAAACAGCUUCUGCUAAGUUGAGUUGGGAUUUUGCACUCAGAGAAAAGCUGGGGUGCAAAAGAAAUGUCAAAGAAGGGAGAAUGGAAGACUCUGCUGAUGGUCCUUUAUGAGGACCCUUUUGGGGGAGUGCUAAAGACCUCCCUUAGGGAUUCUUGGGAACUGAAAAAAUAACCUUUUUUAAGAUGUGAUGAAAUAAAAAUCCUGCAGCAUAUUAGAUGCAUUAUACUAAAAUUGGCAGCUUCUCUGGAAUUCCUGCUAAUCCUUUAAAAAAAAAAAGAAGAGAACAUCAUUUUAAGGCAGUGGUUCUCAAAGUGUGUUCCCUGGACCAGAAAACACCAGCAUCCCCUGGGAAUUUAAAAAUGCAAAUCUUUGGGCCCCAGCCCAGGCCUACUGAGUCAGUAACUUGGGGGGGGGGGGGGUGGGACCGCAGCAAUCUAUGUUUUAAUAAGCCCUCCAGGUGAUUCUGGUGCCUGCUAAAGGUUGAGAACCACUGCUUUAGAAUCAAGUUGUGUAAUAAAAUCUCUGAAAAGGCCUUAUUCAAAAUAAAUAAGACACGCUCUGUGUCAACCUUAAAACUUCAGCAAUUUGAUUUUGCUUCCAGAGCUGGCAGCACCCUUGCCCACCACACAUAGUUGGUGAUAAGGGGUACCCAGCUGAGAGCAGAUAUCCUGACAUCUUCCAGCUCCCUCUCCAGAGGGCUCUAAGAUGUUCCCAUCUCUGCAUUUGGUCAGAAACCAUCUUCUUGGCUGCCCUUAGAACAAAAUCACUUGCCUUAGGGAUAGUUAAGCUCAUGUUUGGCAUUAGUAAGGAGCCCAUUCUAUCCAUUGACAUACUUAAUCAUACUUCCUUCCAGAGAACCAGUCUGACAAAUGUCCCUGAGAACAGGCUGACACCAAAGUGGCACAACUGCACAGUUCUCAGAUUUUUUGCACAGAUAGAUUUUAUUGCAGGUUUUGUUGGUAUACCUUAAUGUUCAUCUCCUUUCCACUGCCCAUCUUCUGUGAAACCGUACCUCUCUAGAUGGAGCAGGUGGUCCCGGGUGCCUCGUACUCAGUACUUACAACCACUACAUCCCAGCUACCUACAUUGCUGUCAGCUCUAACUCAUAGCCAGGUAGUUCUUGAACUCAGAACUCUGACCCUGCAAGUGGCAUGCAGCCACUGACUGGAAUGAGCUGAACUCUGUUGUCACUUUGUGUUUCUAUAUCAGAAUGUUUGUCUGAGGUUUGAACUGUUUUGCUGAUAAUCUUCCCCCUUGUUGUAGCUUUCAUUGCCAACUCCAUCACACGGUUGUUGACACCAUCGUGCAAAGCCAUUGCAAGGUCUCUAGAAACUGCUGCCAAUGACCAGUUCCUGACUAACCAGCAACCUUUUCUUUCUCUUAGCUCCGCGUCAGCACUGAGACCAGACUCAAGCACCCCUGUCCUGUAAUCGAGACAAAAUGGCGUGUGUUGUUUUGGGUUUUUGUGGUUUUUGGUGGGUUUCUUUCCUUGGCUCUCCAAAUUUACUUUUGGGGCCUGUUCUAAGAGCAAACCUAGCAGGUUUUACCUGUCCUGUCUAUUAGGUACAAUUAUAUCUGGGGUGGGGGGGUGUUUCUUUCUUGUUCCACAAUGAAUUGCACAUGCAUUUCCAUCAGAGAUGAUGGCCUAUUAAUGAGCACUGGGCUAACACAGCCAGCCGUCCUCCACAACACCAUAUUAAUGGAAGGAAGGAGGAGGGUGAAAUCUACUGUAUAGGAUUCAGGAAUCAGUUGUGGUUGGUCAGAACGGAAGUCGGGGUAAGUUUGGUUGGUCAGAGGGAGAUGUGCUGGAGAUCGUGAAAAAUGGAUUCUCGAACGAUAAGGCAGGGAAGGUUCAUUUGUAAGUAGUAAUGUGAACUUAAUUGCAUAAGAGUGUGGCCUUUGUUGUGAUAUACUAUGUAUUUUCUUAGUAUGCAUGAGCCAAACUGUUGCAUCAUAAUUUAGCACUGAUGUCCGCUUUUAUUUUGAUCAUCUUUGUCCACCCUUAGUUCUUGGCUGUUAACUGUAGAUAAACAUUGUAAAUACAGCAACUUUUGGUUGCUGCAGUCACCUUGGUUCGAUUCCAUGCAAGGAGCCACAAACAAGAACUCCACGGUGUCCUCAGAAGAAAGGGCAUUUUUA